CUUAUAAACACUUCCACAGUUAUUAACCUUUGUGUCCCUGACCUAUUCUUACUAUCAAAUUUUCGUGAUCUUUUGGCUCUAAUUUACAUAACUGUCAGCCGAUUUCGACUGACUUUUACGUCCCAGUGUGUAUUUUUUGUUUGUUUUCUUAGACAAGUGGUCAUGUAAUUUAAAGAACACAUGUAAUUUUAUGUCAAAAGGUUUGCUUCUUUUAAAAAUACUUUUGGAAACUCUUAAAUUUACCUGACCUUUUGGAAGAGUGUAGUUUUGUUUUAUCCGUGCAAAAUAAUUAUGGAAAUGUCUCAAAUAUUCUUCGGACAUAUCCCGCGGACGUCGGCCGUAUAAAUCCGGAACUGAAAACUUUUUUAAGGGCCUAUUAUAAUCUAUUUAAAGGUUUUCCACAUAAAAACUAGAUGAUACACUUGCAAAAAGCUAUAACUUUUUUGGUCUAUACACAGCAAAAAAUGUUGAAAUUUAAACGACAUUUAAAUCGAAAAGUUUGUAAAAUUAAAUCAAUUGAAACGAAACUUUCAUUGAAAAUUGAGUUAAAAUCAAUGCACAUAUUUGGAGCAUUAAAAAGAACGCAAUAUUACAUGUUUAUUCACUUAAUUUCAUUUCUCAGUGUAUUUUUCAACAUUUCAUUUAAAAAUAAAUUAAUGUGCAUUGAUUUUUCAAUCGAUAAAGCUAUAAAUUUCAAUCGUCGUGUAAAUUUAUAGCAACAUUCGUUGAAAAAAAACAACAUGGCGUACGCGUCUAGUUCCUCUGCACAUCACAGUUCAUCCCGCUUGUUUCAGUAGAAAGCUCGUAAGUUAAAAUGGCUGAAAUCAAAUGUGAAUUUUGCAUCGCUGUUUUCAGUGAUAUUGAAAGAUUUAUAUUCCAUACGCGUGUGCAUAAAGAUAGAAAGUGUUUUAAAUGUGCCAUUCCGGAUUGUGAACUACGUUUUAAGUCCUUUGAGUCGUUCAAAAAGCAUCUUCGACAACGACAUGCUCUGCUGAAAUCCCGGCGGAUUUUCCGUUGUUCCCUUCGGUCGUGCGACUUUGUGGAAAACAGCGUGAAACUGAUGGCUAAGCAUGUGGCCAAACACCUAGACGCCGGAAAUCCCGUGUUUUGUCCUUUCGGCUGCCAAACUCGGAAACCUUUCGUCACCGUCAAUAGCAUGCGCAUCCAUAAUAUGUACUUUCACCGGAAUGAAAACGUCCAGGAGAAGUUCAGGAAAAAUAGUGCUUCCGAAGAAAACGCGGAAUCGAGCCCGUUUGAAAUGGUCGAAUCAAGUGGAUCAUUCGAGCGAGCUGUGUCAUCACCUAUGGACGAGAAACCGAUCAAGAACAGCGAGACAAUCUUCAACAUUUUUGGAACUCUUUUUCUGAAGCUUUUGUCCAAAAAUCAUGUAACGGAAAGAUCUAUUCAGGAAAUUGUUCAGGCGUUAGGAGAAGCUGCUGUUGAACAAAACAGCUAUUUGUUAAAUAGUUCUACUUCCUUGGUUAACGAGAUCCAUCUGGAGCAAACUAGCUCAGAAAAGUAUUCCUUGGAAGACUUGGGACAAAAGUUGUGCAAGUUCAACAUUUUCGAUGCUAUGUUCGGGACCACUGGAAUAUUUCGGUCGCCGUACAUGCGUAAAAAGUAUUAUCGGGAGAAUUAUAGCUUCGUUUCUCCAAACCGUAUUUCCCUACAAAAAAAUAACGAGCAUAAAGACAGUUUCUAUUACUAUGUGCCAAUAUUAGACACAUUGACUGCAAUGCUCAAUGAUCCUAAAGUUUAUAACGCAGUAUUCCGGAGUAAACCUAAAUCUCCAGGGUAUCUGUCAGAUUAUGACGACGGUCAAAAGUUCAAGACAAGUACCUUUUUCAGCGAUAAAACUUUAAACAUUUUUCUCUACCAAGACGCAGCGGAAAUGGUUGUCAAUGCGAUUGGUAAUGCAACUUCACGCUAUAAGUUACUGUGUAUGUACAUGGUAAUUGGAAACCUUGAUCCGCAUUUAAGAUGUAAAACCGAAAAUGUGCAACUUGUUCUUCUAUGCAAAAAUAAGGACUUUUCUUACUUCGGUAGUAAUUGUAUAUUUCGGAGAUUGAUUGAGGAUUUAAAGAUUUUAGAGGACGAUGGAAUUUUGAUACAUGGUGGAGGAUUUCCGGAAAGAGUUAGAGGCUCGUUAUUCACUACCCUAAAUGAUAACUUAGGUGCGCAUCAAAUAGGAGGUCUUGUAGAGAACUUCUCAACAAGUUCAUACUUUUGUCGUACCUGCUAUAUUGAGCAUACUUCCUUUCGGAUUGACUGCCUCCAUACCGCGGAACUCCGAACACCCGACACUCACAUAAUUGAUGUGAAAACCAUCGAAAAUGAUCCGUCAAGUAUCCCUUUUAGAGGUGUAAAAGCAAAAUGUAUUUUCGAUGAACUAAAAUACUUUGAAAUGUUCGAUUUUGGAGCUGCCCCAUGUGUAGCGCACGAUUUGUUCGAAGGAUGGGUCAACAACGAUCUUUUUUUGAUACUGAAGCGACUCUCAAAAGAGCAACAUCUGUCUGCACUGUACAUUGAAGGAAGGAUUAAUGAAGUAUGCAAAAAAUUAAAGCUUGAUACGAAAAUAACAAUUGACUUCACGAGAAAAUCCAAGACAUUUAAAGCAAGGGCCAUUGAUAUUUGGCACAUCGUACAAAUAAUACCGUUAAUAUUUCUGAAGAAAACGGUGAAUUAUGAAGAUCCAUUAAUGUCAAUGCUAAUGCUGAUCAAAAAUAUCACGGAUAUAAUUACCUGUACGAUUGUCUCAGAAAAACAAAUUCACUUACUGCGAUCGCUUAUAACUGAGUAUAUGGAAUACAGAAAAACUGAGUUUGACACGCCCCUCAGACCAAAGCAUCAUUUUACCACCCACUAUCCUAGGAUCAUAUGGUGGCUUGGACCGCUAAUGUCUUACUGUACAUUAUUUUGUGAAAGGAAACAUUGUUUUUUCAAGCGAGCACUACGUAGCACAUUAAAUUUUAAAAAUGUCGUCAAAUUCUGCGCCGAGCAGCAUCAAUACUAUCAGGGAUUAUUAGGACAAGAAACAUCCCGCUUUGAAAGGCAGUUUGUGGUGUCGAAGUAUGUUGAAUCCUAUGAAGAUCUUCCUGAACCUAUGAAAGAAGAUUUGAAAGAAUAUGGUUUGAUAAGUAAUACAGCUCUGUAUGCCGAAGAAGCAUCGUAUUAUGGAUACAAUUAUAAAGCAAAUGAUUAUCUGUUUCUUGAGCACGAUAAAUUUGGCCAACGAUUUUAUGUAAUAGAACUUCAACUGUUGAUAUUCGACCAACUGUCCGAGCAAGUAACGAUAUUUGGUAAAAAACGCUCAGUACUGCAAGCUCCGGAAAAAGGAUUAAUGGAAAUUAAUUCGGAACCAGGAACUUACGUAGGGAGAAACAUCAGUGAAUUCGUCGAUCGCGUACCAUUGAAAUCAUUCUGCGAAAACAAUAAGAAUCACCUGUUUAUUCAACACGCCAUUCCGUUAAUUUAAUCCGUCCGCAAGACUACACUAAAAUGGCAGAUAAUUUGAAGAUUUACAAAGUUUGCGAUGUAUCUCGGCUUCAACGUUUUGCUUUGGCCGCUCUACCCACCGUUACCAGUCUUCUAGAACAAGGAUCAGCUGCAUUUGGUAGAAGAAUGGAUUGCAUAAUUACAGAUGCAGAAGGAUGCAGAAUAAUGACCGAUCUAACAUUAGCUGCUUUCGAAAACAACCUCCUAAUGUUGCUUGGAGAUAACGAAUCGUGGACCCCAAAUGUUAUGGAUCCAAUCAAAUGCAAAACGGCUUUCCAGACCGGCGAAACAUCAGGUACUUGUACAGUAAUUAUCAUUCAUUCAUUUCCAGUAUAUUGAACACUUUUACUGGCACAUAUUAUUCAACUCACUCAAUCACACAAUAAGCGCAUCCUCGACGAAUUACUCGAAGGCUCAAUAAUUGAUUUUAAUUAUUUUGAAGCUAGACACUUGCCUUCUUGUUGCAGGACCAAUGCACGAGUACACUAGGGGAAAAGCACCAAUUUUCGACCCAUUCAUACGAUU